GAAACCAGUUAUGGGUAAACAGCAAGCAGGAAAUGAAUAUUGAUGUUCUUGUGAAGCAGUAAUGGAAAACGUUUUAUUGGAAGAAGAGGAUGACUGCCCUGAGCUGGUUCCUAUUGUGCAGGCCGAUCAAAUACCGGUGACUAUAAUUACAGGAUAUUUAGGAGCUGGAAAGACAACUCUUUUGAAUUACAUAUUGACAGAGCAGCACAACAAGAGGAUUGCAGUUAUUCUGAAUGAAUUUGGGGAAGGAAGUGCCCUGGAGAAAUCGUUAGCAGUAAGCCAAGCAGGAGAACUUUAUGAAGAGUGGCUGGAGCUCAGAAAUGGCUGUCUUUGCUGUUCCGUAAAGGACAAUGGACUGAAAGCAAUUGAGAACCUUAUGCAGAAGAAGGGUAAAUUUGACUAUAUCCUAUUGGAAACCACUGGGCUAGCAGAUCCAGGAGCUGUGGCCUCUAUGUUUUGGGUCGAUGCUGAACUAGGAAGUGAUAUUUACCUUGAUGGUAAACAUACUCUAUCAGGAUUGAGGAAAACCUUUAACUUCAGAUCAAGAACACUUGGGCGAUCCUCUGUUUUGGACACAAUUCUCAAUAGGAGUAGUACGAGGAAUAUGGAUACGUUUUUGUACAGUUCCAGAGUUAUGUAAUUUAGUUCCCCUUUGCAUUUGAAUUAAAUCUUUGAAGAGGAAAUGGGUCAUAACAUACAUCUAAAAUAGGCACUUUCUCAAGAAAGAGUAGAAACUGUGAUCUGAUUUGGAAUACAUUGUUAAUUAUGACCUUUGCUACAAAUCAUUUUUAAAUCUGUUAAAAGGAAUUGGGUCAUGUUCCAAAAAAUUCUACGACAGUGCUGUAUAAAUAAGAUUAUGGUUGCAGAUUAUUGUAGCAUACAUUAAAGUUUCUAACUAUU